CCUUGCCGAACUUCGACAAGACAACCAUAGCUGGAGCUUCUAUAGUCACUGGGGAACCUUGUGGGAGUUUUUACGAGACGUCUUUUCUUUUGGUAAUGCGCGGGGACUAGGAACAAUACAAAAUGUUGGGCUGGCUGGACACGGAGCAGUAGGAGGAAGGUAGUUACAGUGGACCUGCGGCUGAAGCUCCCUUCUUCGACAUGUCUCAAGGAGGGAUAUCCGAUGUCCUCCGCCAGAGAGAUCAAUACGUUGGGGAAUGGAGAGCUCCCAUUUCGAACCUCACAGCCCUAUCCGAGAUUUCUAGCCCUGUUGCCUCUUUCGCUCAAGCAGGUUCUUUCCGACUCGUUUUUAAACCAACGGACGGAUUGGUCUAUGUGAGUGUACUCUUUUCCGAGAAAUUUGAUGUGCAUUCGUGUUUGUAUGUGAAUGUUACAAUCGUUCACCAAGACGAGUCGAAGUCUGUUUCUCGCCAUUGGUGCGAUGAACGCGUUGAGGAAAUAUCUUUUCCCUCUUUCCUUUCAUCUAUUGAACUAAUUGACUUGGGAUUUGUUUCGGGCUCAGUACUCGUUAGAUUUGAUAUGAGGGUCCUGUUAGAUGAUUUGGAGCAAGAGAAAAGAGAUUCUGAAUCGCCUUCUUUCAUUUGGAACAUAAAAAAUUUUAAAUUGUUUAAGGAUGUUGUUCAGAAACAUAAGAUCUUUAGUGGUCCAUUUUCUAUUGAAGAGGGCUUGACGGUUCGAGCAACCAUGCAUCAUCUGGCUAUUGGUGUUGAGUGCAUGGAAAUGCAAAAAGAGAAGGGUGCUUGGAUUUUUCUUAAAUUAUCAGUCCGCCAAAAAUAUAAGAAUAGAGCGUGGGUUACGAACGCUUGGGGAAGAAUCAGUCAGCGUAGUGAUGAGAUUGUCUCUAAUAACUUUACUGCAAAUUCUGGGCUUCGAAUGGAUGCAUUGUCUGUGUCUUUGUCGUGUUUGAGGGCUCGGGAGGAAUUUUCCUCAGUGCGUCAACAUGGGAGUUCUUAUGGAAAGGAGUGGAUGCUAUCGAUGAAAGGCAAAGAAACAUAUGCAGCCCAUAUUCGUUGGCUAAUUCAAAAUUUUGGAAGGCUUAAAGAGGUUCUUAAGAAGGAGGAGAAUGGUGUUGCUGUCAAGAGCUCAAGUUUUCAACUUGGCGAGAAGAUGUUUCAUCUUGCUAUUUAUCCAGAAGGGCUUUCUCCUCCAUCAGGCCACCUAUCUUUUUACCUUGAUGUUGAGCAUUCCCACGAUUCAUAUGGUUCGAGUUGGCUUGUAGCUUUUGAGUUAUCGAUUGUGAGACCCAAAUUAGCUGCUGAACCUUUUGUGAAGAAAUCAUUGGUCAGGUUCUCCAAUAGUAGAAAAGAUAUAGGUUGGCCGGAUUUUGUGUCUCACAAGGACUUCUAUAGAGAUGAUGGCUGCCUUGGUGAAGAUGGGGUUCAGUUCCGUGCUAAAAUUUUCAUUCUGAAGGAGAAAUUUCUAUCUCAGGAUACCAAAACGUUGGGGAAAUUGGGAAUUUCAUUAUCUCAAGAUAAGAUACUAAGCUUUCACAUUUGGAAGAUACGGAAUUUCUCUACUUUCAAACCUCUUUGGGAUUUUGAAAAGAUCAUUAGCCAAGCUUUUCAAGCAAGAGGAUAUGAGCUUCAAAUUGGGGUCUGGUUAACAUCAACUGACGUAUGGGCAUCCUUGGAGUUACAUUCACCACUUCUGGGUGAUCGUGAUUUGAGUUGUUUGAUCAGUUCCUGCAUAAUUUUAGUGAACCAAGAGAAUCCUGACAGAUGUGUGAAGCAAGAGUUUACAAUAUCAUCAAAUGGUAGAAAUGAUGUCAAGUUAAUGGAGCUAGAAGUGUUGAAAUCAAACAAUGGAUUUCUUCUAAAUGAGACAGUUAUUUUCGUUUGUGAGAUCUUAGAUUUUCAGGCUUUAUCUGCCAGCAGCAGUGAAUUGCGGGAAAAUGUGCCGGAUAAUAUUCCUGAAUCAAUUGCGGUUAUGGAGGCUGGACCUAGUAAGGAAAGAUAUGCUGUCUUGGCUAAAAGAUUAUCCCUCUCUGUAGACUCCAGAAUGCAACACCUUGGGAAAAGGAUUUACGCUGCACUACUUGAAUUGUCUACUGAUGAGAGUUUUAAUGAGAAGAGGAUGCUUAAAGAAUUGCUUGAGAUUGCAACAGGACACACAAAUGAUUCUGAACAAGCAAGUAAAUUGUCUGAUAUUCUUGUAUGUUUUGCUGGUGAAGUGCCAAAAGUUGCUGGAUUGAUUGUUCAAAUGGCAAUAGAGGAUUCCAGAAAAGCUAAAGCUGAUCAAGCAAAUCUUCGGAGUCAGCUUGAAGAGAAUGCUGCAUUGUCAAAAAGAUUGGAGGAAAAUUCAAAGGAGCUCAAAUUAAAGAUGGAAAAAGUUGAGAGUAAGCUCAUGAGCGAGAAACAAUUGUACAAGGAGGAUCUACAUCAGAAAAAUGAAGAAUAUAAGAAAGCACUCAGAAAGAAGGAAGAUGCAAUUAAACAGCUGAAGAAUGGAAUGGAGGAGGAAUCGAAUAGAUAUGCAAUAGAGAAGGACGCCUUAGGUGAAAAAUUGAAAAGCAUAGAAGGUGGGAAGAAAAGAUCUGAUCAAGAAAUUAAGAAGCUAAAGGACGUGAUUAGACAAUUACGUGAAGAAAAAGCGAACCUAGAAGCAGAAUUUCAAGCGUUCAGGAACCAUUGGUACAAAGAUGCAAAUUUCCUAGCAGCUCUUUGCGGUUGGCAAUUGGACACGUUGUCAAUCAGUGAAUUGGAGACCAUUCUGAAAAUCCAUGAAGAAGGAUAUAGUAAAAUAAGUGAUCUCCUGCAACAGCACAAUUAAGUCAACCUUGAUGCAUCUUCUCUUUAAUUGACUUCAAUUUCUUCAAGUCAGUCCUAUAAUGAUUUCUGCUAGUUCUCACAAUUUCUUCAAGUCGGUCCCUCACAAGAUUCAAGACAAAAUUUUAUCUUGGUUGUAAUUUGCAGUUAUGUGAAUGUGGACAAAAUUAUACGUGAAUUGUUGGGAUGUUAUGUACUUAAUAGCUACAUGUGCAAUCUUAUGGACUAUCAAGGAAUUUGGAAGUUUUGGAAAGUUAAAUGGAUCUUCCAUACCUUUUAUAUCAAAUAUUCCUUUCCCCUUCUGUCAUAAUAUUAUGUUGUUCUGUCUUCAUGUUUUGCUAGUACAUUUCGUGAAAAUUUUGGCUGAUUUUAUGGCUGGUGAUUCCCUCCCAUUCAGUUAUAAUUUUUCUUGUAUAACCAUUACAAGUGAUAUCUACUCUUGACUGAUCCACCUACGCACAUACUUUUUAGUAAGUUGUAUCAAUAUUGUAUUGUUUUUAGUUUGGUUCCCUCGGAAUGUACCAAAAUGGGCAUUCAUUUUGUGGCUUGCCUGUCUUCAAAGGCUUUCCACUAAGGACAGAUUAUGGAAGUGGGGAAUGGAGGUUGACCCUAUUUGUGUGCUUUGUUCCCAGGCUGAUGAGUCUUUGCAGCACCUGUUCUUUCAUUGCAGUUAUUCAAGCAACAUUUGGGAAGUCAUUUUAUCCAGAUUUCAGAUUCAAAGGAAGGCUGGUCUAUGGAAUUCUGAAGUUAGUUGGGCAAUUCAUUUCUGCAGGGGUAAUUCUUUUCAAUCUCUCCUUUUCAAAUUAGUCUUGGCUGCAGCAGUUUAUCACAUUUGGAUGGAGAGAAAUUCCCGUAUCUUUGGUGGGAGAUCUAAAUGUGCACCUGAAGUGUUGGAUGGUAUAGAUGAGUACAUUAGAUCUCGUGUUUCUUCUUGGAAAGUGAUUCCUAGUUCAGUGGUUCAGUGGAGAACCAAAGCAUGUGUGAGCUUUGGAAACUUCCACGUAGAAUUUUUGGGCCUGGUAUUCCCAGAGUUUUUGUAGAGUGUAGCUAGGUUGCUUGUACAGUUUGUUUUGAAGAGUGUUUUCCCCGUUGUUUUGGUGCUAUAAAAUGAUCUAUUUCCCAAAAAAAAUAUUGUAUUGUUUGCAUUUUGGAAAGAAAGAGAAGUUAUUCAUUUUUUGACCA